AUGGCGCGGCCGCUCCGCGUGCUGGCGCGUUUCUUGACGCUUGCAGCAGCAAUGGCUGCUGCUUUGGUGAUGAGCUGGAAGCCUUUGCUCGGCUCCUCCUCGGCAGCCGGUCUCUCCCUGCUCAGCAUCAUCUUAGAUGGCAUCAACUAUCGGCAGGGCGCCACAAAGUGUUGGCCAAAGAUCCUGGAUGCCUCUUUAGCUGUGCUUUGGACUGCCUGUAGCAUCCUCUUGUUCUUGAGAACCUUUGAUUGGCUUUGGCGCUAUGCCGGCCUAGUGAUUUUGGCCUCCUUGUCGCUGCUCUCUUGCAUCUCCGCCUGCUUGCGGCGGCCUUGGGUGUGGCAGGUGGCCAUGGAUCAUGUUGAAGCGCAUGAGAAUCGGCUGGUGCUGAGGCAGGCCAGCAAUGUGGUGACCCUGUACUGGGCCUUACUCUUUGCCUUGAUGGCCACCGGCGUGGCGGUGAACAGCUGCUGCAACACCCAGCUGGCCGCGGGCGAUACGGGCGAGACACGGACCUUGGUCCACCCAAGCCAAACGAUGAACCUUUUGCUCGGCGUUUGUUGGCCCUCCUUGGUCCUGGUGCUGGGUGCGCGCAGCUCGGAACGCUUGGGCCGCUAUGCGAAGACCCUGGAAGAGCGCCAGCCGGUUCUGUUGAGGAUCCUGACGUUGAAAGCCUGGAGGAUCAAAGACUCCGUGAUCGCAGAGAUCGUGGUGAGUGAGCUCCGGGAGGGGUUGCCACCCUUGAAGACGGCACAACCGCCGCUGAGCACGGCCGUGCAAAAGAUCCAAUCUGCCAAGGCACGCUGCACGCUGCAGAUGCACCAGGCUUCUCGCUUGCUGCAGAGUGUCCGUCGCUGGGGUACCAUGCCCGGCACCUCCGAAGAAUCCACCACUGCAACCGUAUUUCGAUGGCAGGACGAAGUGGAGGUGCCCACUUGGGUGGAAGAUCUAAAAGUGGACAGCCCCUUGGGCCGCCGCUGGGCCAAAACGGCCUCGUUGGAUCUCUUUGCCCGGGAGCCAGGACUCCUCUACCGCGUCUUGCUGUUCUGUGGGGAGGCUCAGACCUUGGCCUUUGCUGGCCGCAGCUGCUCUUGUUGGCGACAACUUCUUCUUGACAUGGCGCAACGCUCGCCACGUCAGCUUUGGAGUUGGGUCCUAAGACAUGGACGCAGCCUCUCGGCACGACAACGCAUCGGCUUUUGGCAGUGGUGCUUGGGAGAGGAUGACAGCAAACAUGCUGCAGCACUCAUGGCUGCCGCGGCCGCCCGAACGAAGCGUUCGGAGACCAAGCGUUCGGAGACCCCGGAGGAGAUCUUGCUGGGAGCCGCUGUUAGGAGCGACCUCUUGAGCCUCUCCCGUCUUUGCAGCGGCUUGGGCGGCACAGUCCCAGGCCUCGAGGUGAGCAGUGCCUCUAUGCUUGCGCUCUUGGAUGCCUUGGGCAGUGAACCCAGGGACUCAGCUGCAGCACUCAUCGUGGAUCGCUUGUUGCAAGAGCCAUGGCAUUGCCAAAGGCUGUGGCUCCUGUCUGACGCUGCCCUGCCUUGGUUGGUCAUGCAAUGUCGCUACUUCCAGGUGAUCAUUGCCGCGCAACUGCCCAAUCUGUUUCGCCACUUCAUGGGCGAAGGUCUGGCACCGGAGCUCUUCUUCUGCGCAUGGCUUCAAGGUCUUUUUCAGAGUUGCUUGAAGGCAGAGACACAGCUUCGGAUCAUGGAUCACUUCAUUUUCGAGAGGUCUUUCAAGGUCUUUGUCAAGCUGGCUGUCGCCAUCUUCACGCUCUUGGAGAAGCGACUGAUCGGACAGGACAUCGAGAAGAUGAUGGAUAUUCUGUUCGAGUCUCAAGCAUGGGACUUGUCCCAGGAGGAGAUCUUGAAGGCUACCUUUGCCGUGAAGGUGACCAGAUCGAUGCUGCGAGAAAUCCAGUGA